AUGCUCGCAAAGCUCCAGAAGCGUGCGGUCGACCAAUCGUCGUUUGACCGAGGAGAUGUCUCCUUCAUCCUCAUCAGUUCUGCCCUCGUCCUGUUCAUGGUUCCGGGACUCAUGUUCCUUUACUCGGGUCUCUCCCGACGUAAAAACGCCCUCUCCGUGAUUUGGGUGUGCUUCUUCGGGUCGCUCGUGACGACAAUCACAUGGUAUAUUUGGGGUUACUCCCUCGCCUUCUCCCCGACAGCCACAAACGGCUUCAUUGGCAAUCUAGAAUUUGGCGGUCACCACAAUGCCCUGGGUGAUCCAUCUCCCGGUUCCCCGCUCAUCCCAACUCUCCUCUAUUCGCUCUUCCAGAUGGAGUUCUGCUGCGUGACAGUCGCCAUCUUGAUGGGUGCAAUUGCAGAGCGCGGUCGCGUGAUGCCCGCGAUGCUCUUCGUCUUCGUCUGGGUCACCCUCGUCUACGCACCUGUUGCGUGCUGGGUAUGGAACAUCAACGGCUGGGCAUUCAAGUGGGGCGUUGCCGACUAUGCUGGCGGUGGACCUGUCGAAAUCGGUUCCGGUGUCGGUGGUUUGGCCUAUUCCUGGGUCAUUGGAAGACGUCACGAGCGUGAGCUGGUCAAUUUCCGCCCACACAAUGUCACUCUCGUCACUCUCGGCACGUUCAUGCUCUGGUUCGGUUGGAUCGGUUUCAAUGCUGGAUCUGCCUUUGGUGCCAACCUCAGGGCUGUCUAUGCUGCGCUCAACACUUGCCUUUGCGCGUCGGUCGGUGGCAUCACCUGGUGCUUGCUCGAUUACAGGAUCCAGAAGAAGUAUACCAUGAUUGGUCUCUGCUCUGGUACCAUUGCCGGUCUCGUCGCCGCCACUCCCAGCUCUGGAUUCAUCCCCCUCUGGGCUAGCGUCGCUCUUGGCUUCGUCGCGUCGGCAAUUUGCAACUACGGCACAAAGAUCAAGCACCUGAUCCGUAUCGACGACGCGCUCGAUCUGUUCGCAGAGCACGCGUUGGCGGGUAUCGUCGGUCUUCUCUUCAACGGCCUCUUUGCCAAGAACGAAAUCAUCGCCCUCGACGAUGUCAACACUGCAAUCAAUGGUGGCUGGCUCGACCGCAAUUUCAAGCAGCUUUAUAUCCAGUUUGCCUACGUUAUCGCCUGCUGUGCCUACGUCUUUGCUAUCACGGCAUUGAUUGCCAAGGUCUUCUGUCUUAUUCCUUUCCUCAACCUCCGCGCUUCGGACCACGCCGAGUUGAUCGGUAUCGACGACGACCAAAUUGGCGAGUUCGUUCAGGACUUCGUGGAGGUCCGCAGAGCAUACGACGAGUGGGCUCCAGCUGCAGCGACAAGCAGCCAGCCAGAGAAGCCAGAGAAAUUCAACGGCACCCAUACGCCCGUUGCUGCUGGUGAUCGUCACGGAUUCCCGGAUACAAAUGUCAACGUUCACACCCCGAGCAACAUUAACCCCAACCAUCACGACGGACUUACUUUGCCGAUGAGCGAAAAGUAG